AUGCGUCCCGUACUGAGGGAGUGGGCUGACAGAGAAGGCGGUGCUCUCACUUACCGCCUCACACAGGUACUGACUGGACACGGGUGUUUCGGUCGGUACCUGUGCGACAUUGCCAGGCGUGAGCAGACAACAGCCUGCCACCAUUGUGACGACGAACGGGACACGGCACAGCACACCUUGCUGGCCUGUCCCGCAUGGACCGAACAAAGAGCGGCUCUGCAAGCCACCGUUGGAGAUGAUAUCUCGCUGCCAGUGAUCGUACGUGCGAUGCUGAGCAGUGAAAAUUCCUGGAGAGCCGUCGCGACAUUUGCCGAGGAGCUGAUGUCAGCGAAAGAGGAGUCAGAGCGUAGGCGCGAGGCGGAGUCACUCGACCCUCGGAGGAGGCCAAGGCGUAGGCAAAGGGUCAGACAUGGCCCUGACGUCCCAACUUAG